ACCCUUGAUGGCUUGACUCUAAAAAAUUCAGUGACAAAGUUGGUUGGUGAAGCUGACAUAGUAGUAGGACUCCUUAUAUGCUUAAUUGCCUAACCCCAUCACCCUUCAAUCUACCUACCAUAACCAUUUUCUUGAAAUCAAACCAAAGUUUGGUGUUCAACAACUCCAAGAACUCAAAAAAGGAGUGAAAAAACAAAACUUCAGGGCAAUGGCACAGAUUAGCAGUAUGGCACAAGGGAUACAAACCCCUAAUCUCAAUUCCAAUCUUCCCAAAGCCCAAAAGGGUCAUCUUUUUUCACAUUCUUUAUUCUUUGGAUCAAAGAAAGUAACCCAAAAUUCAGCAAAAUCUUUAAGGGUGUCUAAAAAAGAUUCAGGUUUGAGGGUAAAGGGGUCACCUUUUAGGAUUUGUGCAUCAGUGGCCACUGCACAGAAGCCUGAUGAGAUUGUGUUGCAACCCAUUAAAGACAUAUCUGGCACUGUUAAGUUGCCUGGUUCUAAAUCCCUUUCUAAUCGUAUUCUCCUUCUUGCUGCCCUUUCUGAGGGAAGGACUAUUGUUGACAAUUUACUGAGUAGUGAGGACAUUCAUUACAUGCUUGGUGCAUUGAAAACACUUGGACUUAAUGUAGAAGAUGACAGUGGAAAUCAACGAGCAAUUGUGGAAGGUUGUGGUGGGCAGUUUCCUGUCGGCAAAAACUCUGAGGAAGAAAUCCAGCUAUUCCUUGGAAAUGCAGGAACAGCAAUGCGGCCAUUGACAGCAGCAGUUACCGUAGCUGGUGGACAUUCAAGGUACGUACUUGAUGGAAUUCCUAGGAUGAGAGAGAGACCAAUUAGCGAUUUGGUUGAUGGUCUUAAGCAGCUUGGCGCAGAGGUCGAUUGUUUCCUUGGUACGAAAUGUCCCCCCGUUCGAAUAGUCAGCAAAGGAGGUCUUCCGGGAGGGAAGGUAAAGCUCUCUGGAUCUAUCAGCAGCCAAUACUUGACUGCUCUGCUUAUGGCUGCUCCGUUGGCUCUAGGAGAUGUGGAGAUUGAAAUAAUUGACAAACUGAUUUCUGUACCUUAUGUUGAAAUGACACUGAAGUUGAUGGAGCGAUUUGGUGUCUUUGUGGAGCACACUAGUAGCUGGGAUAGAUUCUUGGUAAAAGGAGGUCAGAAUUACAAGUCUCCUGGGAAAGCAUAUGUGGAAGGAGAUGCCUCAAGUGCUAGCUAUUUUUUGGGGGGUGCAGCUGUCACUGGUGGAACCGUCACUGUUGAAGGUUGUGGAACAAGCAGUUUACAGGGGGAUGUUAAGUUUGCUGAGGUCCUCGAGAAGAUGGGGGCAGAAGUUACGUGGACAGAGAACAGUGUCACGGUUAAAGGACCUCCAAGGAACUCUUCUGGAAUGAAGCAUUUACGUGCCAUUGACGUGAACAUGAACAAAAUGCCAGAUGUUGCCAUGACUCUUGCUGUAGUUGCACUUUUUGCUGAUGGUCCUACUACCAUAAGAGACGUUGCCAGCUGGAGAGUUAAGGAAACUGAGCGGAUGAUUGCUAUAUGCACAGAACUUAGGAAGUUGGGUGCAACAGUUGUAGAAGGGUCAGACUACUGCAUAAUCACCCCACCAGAAAAGCUAAACAUAACGGAAAUUGAUACAUAUGAUGAUCACAGAAUGGCCAUGGCUUUCUCUCUUGCUGCUUGUGCAGAUGUUCCAGUCACCAUUAAGGACCCCGGCUGUACUCGCAAAACCUUCCCCACCUAUUUUGACGUUCUCCAGCAGUACUCCAAGCACUAAACCACUUCCCAUGUAGAAGAAAUUAUACAAGAGAGACUAUGCACCAGUUUGCCAACCAAAAUGGUGCCAAUACCGGAAGGGAAAAAGCUUUGAUCCAUGCUAUCAACUUGUUUUCAUUUGUCAAGUGAUGAUGUUCAUUGUAUUUGUUGAGUGAAGCUUCUUUUCUUUUGACAAGAAACAUUCAUACUAUAGAGUUAAGAUGAGCUAGCAUGGUUCAGUAUAAGCAGUACUAUUUUGGAAAUGAGGAACACAAUUACCUUUAUAUUUAUGUGUGGUUAUCCUCUUAUUAAUUGAUUGAAUUUAAAUGAGAAUGUGAUUCAGUAA